AUGGCUGCUGAACAAGCGAGCCCAGUUCUGGUGCUGGGCAUUGACUUUGGCACUACAUACUCGGGCAUCGCGUGGUGUCGAGUCGGUGAAAACAACGAAAUCAAGUUCACCACCAACUGGAAGAAGCCAAGAUUCGCACAGGGGGACAAGCAGAAGGUCCCCUCGGCAAUCUAUUAUCACCACCUGAAUGAUGAAAACCCUGAAUGGGGUGCGACCACUCCGCAGGACGAUACUACACUUCGCUGGUUCAAGCUCCUUCUCGUCGAUGAGAAAGACCUCCCGGAUCAUAUCCGAUACUCCGUUCAGCUGAAGGCAGCUCGGGCUCUGAUGUUGAAGGCUAACAAGACCCCGGUUCAGAUCUUGGGCGACUACCUGCGACAGCUUUGGCGUCAUUGUCGUCAGAACAUUGUCAGGGCCGAGGGUCGCCGAAUGAUGACAGUCUCGACAGUUCACCUUGUCGUCACUCUCCCGGCUAUAUGGCCAUACUACACCCGCUCCAGAAUGACGGAGGCUCUGGGACACGCCGGUCUUCUCAACAUCACCAAAGCUGGUCAUACAACUUUGGAUUUCAUCUCUGAGCCCGAGGCGGCUGCUUUGACCUGUCUCAAGGAGAACGCCGAUCGCUUCAAUGUCAGAGUCGGUGACCAUUUCGUCAUCUGUGAUGCAGGAGGAGGGACUGUUGAUCUCAUCACCUACAAAAUCGAGAAGCUUGAUCCUCUCAUUAUGAGUGAGAGCGUCAAAGGCGAUGGUGGCUUGUGUGGUGCAAUGUUCCUCGACGAGAAGUUUCUCAACCUCCUCAAGGAAACUAUCCCUUUUGAGGCUCAGAGGAGUCUUGAUAAGCAGACAUUCCACAGGAUCAUGGAGUCUGAUUGGGAAGGCGGCUUGAAGUCCUCCUUCUGUGAGACCAGCGGAGACUUGCCCUUACAACUCUCGUACGAUGGCCUCAUUAGCACCAACUUCUUCCCCUCAAAGUUCAUCAUCGAUGUUUCCGAAAUCCGCGAGAAAGUAUUUGAUCCUGUGGUUGAAGAUGUUAAACAGCUCGUUCAGAAGCAGGUCAAUGCAGUCAAGCACAAGUACAAGAAGAAGCCAAAGUUCGUCAUCCUAGUUGGUGGCUUUGGAAGGUCUGUAUAUCUGCAUCAACGCCUUCAGGACGCUGUUGGCAACAGAGUAGACGUUCUUCAGCAGGAUGGUGAAAAGCCCUGGACCGCUGUGCUUCGAGGAGCUGUCCUACAUGGACUGGCGAGAACCAAUCAUACCAGUUCAAUCAAAGUUACGGUCGCCUCACGUGUGUCCCGUCACAGUUACGGGACCCUCGUGAACAUUUCGCCCUUUGACCCCAAAGAGCAUGACUCCAAGGAUCGCGCUUGGGAUGGUGGCCUGCAGGAGUUCCUUGCUGUCGAGCAGACACGAUGGUUUGUUCAGAUCGGUUCCUCUGUCUCUGCAUAUGACCCCGUUUGUGAAUCCUUCUGGCAGGACCUCACGAGUCCCGACGAUGAUCUCCAAAUCGACAUCGUUACCUCGGACGCCUCUACUCCCCCGACCCGCAAGGAUGAUUCAGUUAAGCCUAUGUGUAUCGUCAAAGCGUCCGAACUUCCCAGAUGGGAUACCAUACCGGUGUGGACCAACGAAGACGGUCAGGUAUUCCACCGAAUCACUUACGAACUGCGCAUGAUCAGUGACGGGUCCUCUUUGGAUUUUCAAGUGUUCUACAAGAACAAGAGCAUUGCUUCUGGAAGUGUCGCCUUCGACUCUACCAGUCAGAACGAUACAGAUGACGAGGAUGACGUGCAGAUGGGCUCUCCUCAAAACAACGGCAAUGGUGACAAUAUCAUUGACAUGACCGACACCGAUAGCGACAGCGACUACGUUGAGGCUGAGGAAUGA